ACGCCUGCUGCCCCCCUGGUGGCUUCUCGUGACCCCCCACAGACCAGGAAGCAUGUCUUACAGGGACAGGUCCAGGAGCCCUCCUCGGGCCAGCUACGGCGCCUCUUAUGGCGGUGGCAGCAGCUAUGGAGGUGGUGGCGGCUACGGCGGUGGCUCCAGAUAUGACUCUGGCGGCGGCUACGGCGGCGGCGGUGGCUUUGGCGGUGGUGGCUUUGGCGGCGGUGGCUUCGGCGGCGGCGGUUUUGGUGGCGGCGGCAGGGAUGGCAUCAACUCCACGUUUUUGCCUAAGGAGGACUUCAGCAACCUGCCCAAGUUCGAGAAGAAUUUUUACUACGAGCACCCGGCUGUGACGGCACGGUCUGAGGAGGAGGUGCGGCGGUACCGCGAAAUGCGCGAAAUCCACGUCACCGGCGAGGGCAUCCCCAAGCCCGUGAGCAACUUUGAGGAGGCCUCCUUCCCUGAGUAUGUGCUGGCGGAGAUCCAGCGCGCGGGCUUCACGGAGCCCUCGCCCAUCCAGGCGCAGGGCUGGCCCAUGGCGCUGCUGGGGCGCGACCUGGUGGGCAUUGCAGAGACGGGGUCGGGCAAGACGCUGGCCUACCUGCUGCCCGGCGUGGUGCACAUCAACGCACAGGCGCACCUGUCCCCCGGCGACGGCCCCAUUGUGCUGUGCCUGGCGCCCACCCGCGAGCUGGCGGUGCAGAUCCAGAACGAGUGCGCCCGCUUCGGAUCCACCUCCCGCAUCAAGUCCACCUGCGUGUACGGCGGCGCGCCCAAGGGCCCGCAGGCCAACGACCUGCGCCGCGGCGUGGAGAUUGUGAUUGCCACCCCCGGGCGCCUCAUCGACUUCCUGGAGUCCCGCACCACCAACCUGCGCCGCGUGACCUACCUGGUGUUGGACGAGGCGGACCGCAUGCUGGAUAUGGGCUUCGAGCCCCAGAUCCGCAAGAUUGUGGGCCAGAUCCGCCCCGACCGCCAGACGCUGCUGUGGAGCGCCACCUGGCCGAAGGAGAUCCAGACGCUGGCCCGCGAGUUCCUGAACAACCCCUACCAGGUCCUCAUCGGCUCGCCAGACCUCAAGGCCAACCACCGCAUCACCCAGAUCUUCGACUUCCCCGCAGAGCACGAGAAGUAUCAGAAGCUCGUGCGGGUGCUGGAGAAGGAGAUGGACGGCCGCCGCAUCCUGAUCUUCCUGGAGACGAAGAAGGGGUGCGACGCGGUGACGCGCCAGCUUCGCAUGGAUGGCUGGCCCGCGCUGUCCAUCCACGGAGACAAGUCGCAGCACGAGCGCGACUGGGUGCUGGCUGAGUUCAAGGCGGGCAAGCACCCCAUCAUGAUUGCCACAGACGUAGCCGCGCGUGGCCUAGACGUCAAGGACAUCAAGAUGGUCAUCAAUUACGACAUGCCCUCAUGCGCCGAGGACUAUGUGCACCGCAUCGGGCGCACGGGGCGCGCCGGAGCCUCGGGCGCCGCGUACAGCUUCUUCACCGCCGCCAACGGCCGCAUGGCGCGCCAGCUGGUGCAGAUCCUGGAGGAGGCAUCGCAGGCGGUGCCCCCCGAGCUGCGCCAGUUUGCCAUGACCAGUGGCGGCCCCACCAGCUUCCGCUCGCGCGGUGCCGGCGGCGGCCGCGGCGGCCGCGGUGCCGGCGGCGGCGGCUUUGGCGGCGGCGGCUACACCGGCUCCAAUGCACUGCCCAUCGGAUCCAGG